CAACCUAGUUUUACAUUAAGGCAACCUAGUUUUACAUUUAUACAACCUAGUUUUACAUCAAGGCAACCUAGUUUUACAUCAAGACAACCUAGUUUUACAUUAAGGCAACCUAUUUUACAUUACGCCCAACCUAGUUUUACACAAAGACAACCUAGUUUUACAUUCGGACAAUAUAGUUUUACAUUACGCCAACCUAGUUUUACACAAAGACAACCUAGUUUUACAUUCAGACAAUAUAGUUUUACAUUCAGACAACCUAGUUUUACACAAAGACAACCUAGUUUUACA